UUGAAACGUCACCAGCUAUUAUUAUGCUUUAGGCAACAGUGUUACACUUUCGAAAUAUUGUGAAGCAUAAAACUACUAAGGUCGCCUUUAGAGCAUGUUCAAACACUUGUUUUAGCUUUAUUCACAAUAUAUUUGAAGUAUGUUUAAGAACUUUGGAACCUGGCUCGGGAUAGAAAACGAAAAUGGCCAAGUUAAAGAAGACAGCGAGUAUAAAGUUCUUGUUGACGGUAAUGAAGACACGAAUGAUGGAAUAAACAAACCGACUGCUGAAGCUGAAGUUGAGCAGAGCAAUGAGCAAAUUGCUGAACCGCCUCAACUUCUUGAAAAAGCCAAGGGUUUCAGUGGUUACUUUUAUAAUUUCGCCAGCAACGCCUCGAAGAAACUAUCCCAGUCCGUGGUUGAAACAGCACAAACCUUCAAGAAAAGUGUGGAGGAGGGGAAGAUAAAUGGGAUUAUUGAUAAGACCAUUUUGGGGGAUUUCCAGAAGGAGCAAGAAAAGUUUGUUCAGGAGAAAAAAUCAAAACAGUCUGGUGCUGCUGUGCCCCCAUGGGUGGGUUAUAAUGAAGAAGAAACCAUACAGCAUCAGAUCUUAGCUCUCUCAGCUGACAAACGAAAUUUUUUGCGUGACCCUCCUGCUGGGGUGCAGUUUCACUUUGACUUUGAGCAAAUGUAUCCAGUCGCCAUGGUGAUGUUAGAGGAAGAUGAGCUGCUUAGAAAGAUGCGCUUCCAUCUGGUCCCCAAACAGGUGAAAGAGGAGGUGUUCUGGAAGAAUUACUUCUACCGUGUGUCCUUGAUAAAACAGUCAGCUCAGCUCACAGCUCUUGCAGCACAACAGGCUGCUGAGCGGAGGGACGAUGACAAAACUGGGUCCAGUCCUGAGGACGUCCAUCAAAAGGAUGUAGUUAAACGGACAACUACCCCGGCCAUGAGCACUUCCAAACAAAAGCCUGAGGAUGAAGAGGAGAUCUCCACCAGCCCGCCUGCACUGGAAUUUGCGAGCGAUGCUUUUGAUUCAUGCAAGAUUAAUGAGGACGACCUACGCAAGGAAAUGGAACAGCUGGUUCUAGACAAAAAAGAUCAUCCAAACAAGCAACAGGAGGAGACUACAGACUGGGAGAAAGAAUUGCAGGAGGAACUUCAGGAGUACGACGUAUUGCCUGAUACUGAGAACUGUGAUGACAACUGGGACAAAGAGAUUGAAGAAAUGCUUAAGGAGGACAGUUAGGAUAGUUAGUCAGACCACUUUAAGGUCAGAAACAUAUGCCAUGUGUAAUAAUACAGUUUAAUAUUUGGAUAAUAUUUCAGGACCCUCUGGGAACUGUCAAGAUAGAGAAAUACAACAUUUAAAUGUUAUCUCCACGGCCAGAAAUAGAGGAGAACUGGUUCUGCAGCUCAACAGAAACUGAAUAUAAAAAUGUGACUAUGACUUUCUGUGGAAGAUAAAUGUGUAUAGUACAUCCUGAUUAAAAAGUCCAGUUAAUGAGUGAAGAUAUGCAAUAACCCAAAUACUGACAAAGACGGCUUGUAUGAAUGCUAGACUACUGGCUUUGAUGUGUCUUUCCGGCCAUACUAAUUAAUCUGCUGCAGAAAUAUAAUUAAUUGAAACAUUUAACAAAACGAGUAUUUUUUCAGCUUUAGUGGAUUUCAUGUGAACCAUAGAACAAGUAAGGUAUAUUUUGUAGCAAAGGUUAUCCUACAACUGAGCCAAUGUUUUUUUUUUCUAUAAAUGGAAAUGAUUUAAUUGUGAUAUCACUCGUUAAUGCUGUUGAAUGACUGAACAUAUGUAUGUGUUUUAUGAAAUCAAAUGCAUUGUCUCCACAUGCACACAUUCUGUAGAUGCUGAUGUAAUGUGUGGAUAUGCCUGUCCAAACAAGCUGGGUGUUCUUCCUGUUUACACGAAACUUUAUUCAGAAAAAAACUGACUCAAAAUCCAUUGUCUUUUGUGUUUAUAGUUAUUCAAACAGCAGUGUAUUGUUACAUUUUAUUAUAUAAAUGUUUACAUAAACAUGAACUUUAUUAUUGCAUUAAA